GCUCUCCUCUGCGGGCAGCAGCCACAGGCGGGGAACGCGGCGCGAUGUCAGUUCGGUGCCACCAGAGCUCGGUGCUGGCAGGCAGCGCUACUUUAGCAGUCCUGGGGGCAGUGAUGCUGCUCUUAGCAGAGCCCGCCAGCUAUGGGAAGCACGUCGAGAGUAAGAUGUCGGUGCGUACCGGCCUGCCUGCCCGCGCCGCCUGGUUCCUGCAGGAACUGCCCUCGUUCCUGGUGCCCGCGGGGAUCCUCGCCCAGCAAUCCCGCUCCCUCUUCGGACCGCCCGAGACUGUGCUUCUCGGUCUCUUCUGCACGCAUUACUUCCACAGGACAUUUGUUUACUCAUGGCUCACCAGAGGGAGGCCCUUCCCAGUUUUAGUCCUUUUCAAAGGCUUUGUCUUCUGUAUGGGAAAUGGAUUCCUCCAAGCCUACUACAUGAUUUACUGUGCAGAAUACCCUGAUGAAUGGUACACUGACAUACGGUUUAGCUUGGGUGUUUUCUUAUUUAUUUUGGGAAUGGGAAUCAACAUUCAUAGUGACUAUAUAUUGCGCCAGCUCAGGAAGCCUGGAGAAGUCACCUAUAAGAUUCCACAAGGUGGCUUGUUUACAUAUGUUUCUGGAGCCAAUUUCUUUGGUGAGAUCGUUGAAUGGAUCGGUUAUGCCCUGGCCACGUGGUCCCUCCCAGCGCUUGCAUUUGCAUUUUUCUCAUUUUGUUUCCUUGGGCUGCGAGCUUUUCACCACCACAGGUACUACCUCAAGAUGUUUGAGGACUACCCUAAAUCUCGGAAAGCACUUAUUCCAUUCAUCUUUUGAAGAAAUCAAAUAGAAAUGGAGCAAAGUUCUCAUGAUGCUGAUGAAAACUAUCAAGCUGCCGAAACUGUAACUUCCAUGGUGUAACAGUCCAUGAAAUAUCCCAUAUAUGAAUAUAUUAUGUGUCCUUGUGUUCUGCCAGCUCGCCUGGGAAUUCUGAGUAGUGCCUGUGUAGAGUUUACUCCCACCUUUCCAGAGAUCCCUUUCCUGAUGCUAUUGAGCUUUUCCAAAUGGAGACAUUUGCUUCUUAGCUAUUCCUCUUAGAAGGUACAAAACUUCCCCUUGGUUAAUCCAAGUAAAGAUGACUUUGUACCUACUCUCUAUCAAUGUGGGACAGCUCUGUAAACAAGACUGUUUGAAAGUAAAGGCAGUGCUUCUAGAACUUAUUAAAGGUACACAUUUUUUACCUCUUUAGAGAAGCAGAAAUUUAAACUUUGAAGCCACACAGACCCAGAGCAAACCUACUUCUAAAGGAAAAUCAUUAACAUCCUCCUUUUUCUUAAUUAAUUGGGAAAGAUAUGAAAUUACUAAGAAGACCUUUAAUAGAUGACCCCUUUCCAUAUUGCUAAAAUGUACUGAUGAUGCACUGACCCCAUUUCUAAUCUGUGGUGUGUCUUAGUGAGUAUCUCUGUCUUCCAGAAGAUUCACAAUCCCCAUUGGAGAUAUUAUAGCCUAACCCCGAAAACUGGUAUGGGUUUUCUUGAGGGCCAGGUUUUAAUAACCACAAAGAAAAAGACAUGACCCUGGAUGGCUGCUGAAAUCAUGAAGUAGUUUACAAUAGAUGUUGCAAACUCUUAUGUUCUUAGAAACUUAGAAAUAUCCAAAUAAUGAGAAAACUUAGAAAUAUUAGAAACUUAGAAAUAUCCAAAUAAUGAGAAAUGUGAAGUAAGGAAAAGUAAUGAUUAAGAUAAGAUGUCCUUGCCUUGAUAAGAUGUCCUUGCCUUGAUAAGAUGUCCACAAUGGUGUAAAGGACAUAAGAAGACAGAGCAACUUUCCUCUCCUGGAAUUUCUUCACCACAGUCCUCAGGACCUGUUUAAGAAGGUGUCUCCUAGGGGCAGUCUAAAUAUCAGCCCUCAAAAGUCUUGAGGGCAGAGGCUGAAACGACAAAGGACACAUCUGGGCAGAAAACCUAAUUUGUUUGGCUCAGAUGCCUGGUUUAAUUUUGUUUUUUUAAACUCAAAGUUUCAAAAAUUUAAAAAUUAGAAGGUUGCUUACAUAAAAUCUGGACUUCUAGUUUCAUUUAAACAGUUGGAGGAUCUGUGCACACAGAGUCUGCAUUCCUGCAUAAAGACUGGGACUGCAGGAGCCAGUACGCAUUUGAGUUUGUAACCUGUUUCAAAGGGGUCACCUUGUGUGGGUGCUAAAAUAUUGGACUCUUUAAGGAAGGGGCUGAACACUCAUAAUCAGCAUAUGUGAAAAUGUGUGUCUCCUCAGGCCUAUGUUUGGAAAGCAUUGGCAAUAUUUAGUAAACCCAUCAGAUGUGGUGCUAAGUACAGAAAACCACUGUGUAAGACACAUAGGGAACUUGAAAGGUCUGAGGAUGGUGUAAAAAAUACAAGUUGCAAAAACAUAAAUAAAUGUUUUUGCUGUUCAAUAAAUGUCUCUCAAAUUA